UUUUCGGUGUGGGUCUAGUCAAGCUGUCACGAUUACUGAGAGAGAAUCAUCAAAUGGCCAAGCUUGGGGUUGCGUUGGAUGAGAAGAGGGGGUUGAAGAAGGGUGCUUGGAGUGCAGAGGAAGAUGAAAAGCUCACUGCUUACAUCAAGAGGCAUGGCAUUUGGAACUGGAGCCGAAUGGCUGCACCAGCAGGACUGAGGAGAAGUGGGAAAAGUUGCCGGCUUCGGUGGAUGAACUACCUGAGGCCCAACCUUAGGCACGGAAAUUUCACCCAAGAAGAGGUGGAAACCAUCAUUAAGCUUCACGAAGUAUUGGGAAACAAAUGGUCUGUGAUCGCAUCGAAACUCGUCGGAAGGACGGACAACGAAGUGAAGAAUUACUGGAACACCCGCUUGAAGAAGCGGUUCAAGGGGAAGCCGAUUCCAAAGCCUAGAAAUUCCGAAUCCGCGAGGGUGUGUAGCAGUGUUGACGCCGAUCGUGAGAGUUCAUCUCAAGAGGAAGAAGAGUGUAGGCCAACUCCCACUUCAACUCCAGUACAAUCGCCGAAUCUCGGAGAUAUUACCGUGAAUCUGCCAUCAAGCCCAGAUAACUUCGGCGCUUCUAGCUCUAAUCAAGCCAUCGGAAUCCAUGGGGACGAAAAGGAAAACUCCUUUGUGGACAAUGUGUGCUCAUCAUAUGUGGAUGAUGAAGUCCAAAGCUAUUUGUGGGCACAACACUUCUCUGUGGAAGAUGCAUACAUGAUACAAGAUUUAAACGUUUUGUUCAUGGACUCGAUGACUACUAUAUCGUGUCCUGGGUGGCCAUCGGAGACAGCAUCUUCAGCUGCUUCCUUAGACGAUUUCACCGUCAAUCUGUGGGAAAAUUGAUGACCAUCCAUUGAAGCUAACAAGAUGCCGAGUAUUGGUUUUUCAUUAUGUUUUGAAUUCUAGUAUUUGUUUGAACGUUCGGAAUGGUAGUUCAUGCCCUAAUAAAGUGGAGGUAGUAUGCAUAUCCGCAAGUUUGUGAAGCUAGCCAUGCAAGUUUAUGUCACUGAGGACCGAAAGAGUCAAUUAUUUUAUAGCAAAUGAGGGUCUUCUGAGAGCUUUGUGAUGUUAGAUUUUGAAGAUUGAGAAUGUAAACGUUGUUUACGUCGUAUAAGAUCAGUAUGUACGAGAAGUUCAGAGGAAGAAGAAAGGAGAUUAUCUCAAUGUUCAU